UCCCAUCAAACUUACCUCCAACAACUUCCCAGUCUGGAGAUGCCAAGUGCAAUCCGCCCUAAUUGGAUUGGGACUUGACGGAUAUAUUACCGGUGACACGAAAACUCCGGCUCCAUUCCUUGACGCUGCCAAAUCACAACCAAACCCAUGCUAUCUACCAUGGUACCGCCAAGACAAGAUGGUAAUCAGUGCUCUCCUGGGUAGUUGUUCAGAUACUAUCCAACCGAUUAUCUCCUCCGCUGCCUCGGCAAAACAAGCGUGGGACAAAUUGAGUCAUACCUUUGCAAGUUCAUCCCGUGGACGUAUCAUUGCCCUCAAAACUGCCCUAGCUCGUACCAAGAAGGGUUCUAACAGUAUUACUACGUAUCUGGCUGAAAUACUGGGCAUAGCUGAUGACUUAGCCUUAGCACAGAACCCGGUGUGUGAUGAGGAUCUUGUCAUCACCAUUUUAAAUGGCCUGGGGCUUGAGUACAAUGAGCUUGCGUCUGCUAUCCGUGUUCGUACUACACCACUGCCGGUUGCAGAACUUAGAGAAAUUCUCCUGGAGCUGGAGUCACGCCAACAAGAGCAAACGGCUGCCACUGAGUCUCUCAUUCCAGCAGUCCAUGCCACUUCGUUGACCAGUCACUAUGCCUCUGCUGCACGUGGUACGGCUGGGACGUAUGAUCGCCGCCAGUCAUCUCGUCGGGGUCGUGGUGGCAGAUUUGCUUACUCUGGACCUCAAUCGAACACCAACAUUAUUUGUAAGUUCUGUGAUAACCCCGGCCAUGAUGUCAAAGUAUGCCGCAAACUUCAGCGAUUUCUCCGGGACAACAAUAUUUCCCAGUCGGCCUCUCCUAAGGUGAAUCACACGGCCACUUCCUCUGCUACAUCACGUCCUCAGUGGUUAUUUGACAGUGGGGCCUCCCAUCAUGUGGCUUCAGACGUUCAUCAUCUCCCGACCUACACCGACUAUGGAGGUCCCGAAGAAGUUCAACUUGGGAAUGGAUCGGAUCACGGGGGCGUCUCUGAUGCUGCGCGGGGAGAACCAUAAUGACCUAUAUUCUGUGCCAGUUGUUCGUCCACAAGUUAAUGUCUCUUGUGUUACUCAAUUAUCCACAUGGCAUCAUACCCUCGGCCAUCCUUCUGCUCGUAUUUUUCAGUAUUUA